ACUCACUAGCCGGACGGACCAUUAUUAAACGGGGGACUGUUUACAAGUCGAAGCGUGAAAAAUGACAGGACUAUCCGUAACGGAGCGCACAGAAUGUACCAAAAUAUUAAGACAAAUGACACAAUCAGACUUAAUGUCACUUAGCGAUACCGUCACAAAUAAGAUGAUUGUUGUGGCGAGUAGUAAAGAGGCAAUGGAAACUGUUUUAUCUUUCACCAAAUCUGCAGAAGAGCUCUUGAAGAGAAAGAAGGUGUAUCGUGACCUGAUAUUUAAGUAUCUUGCCAAAGAAGGGAUCGCUAUGCCUGCAACAAGUGAAAAACACGCACUUAUCAAAAGGACCCUCGAACUUUGGUCAUCUAAGAAGCUGAAAGAAUCUCAAGGACAGCCCAGUGACAGCCGAGCCAGACAGCACACAGUGUUUGUAGACCCAGGCUUUGAUCCUCAAAUACUUGGUCAGCAGUUCUGUCAGUGGUUCUACGGUCUUUUGAACAGCCAUAACCCGGCCCUGGGACAAGAGCAUCAGGACUGGGGACCUCAGCACUUUUGGCCUGACGCUAAACUUCGUCUCCAUGCCAGAACAUCUGAAGAACAGAUGGAGGAGUUUGCUGGCGCAGAUCUGGUCAGUCUUCGUCUUUUGGCCUUGACCCGAGAGGAGCUCUUGAUUUUUAGUCCAAACUUGGAGACCAAUGGUCUGAGAGCGCUGGCGUCGCCUCACGGCCUGGUGCUGGUGGCUGUGGCUGGGACCAUCCACAGAGACAAGUCCUGUCUGGGAAUAUUUGAGCAAAUAUUUGGUCUUAUUAAAUCACCGGUGGACAACAACUGGAAAAUAAAGUUUAUCAACUUAAAAAUCCGUGGACAGGAUUCACUCAAAGACAAAGAGAUGUCUGCUCCAACAUUAAACUAUAACUCCAGUGAUUUACAACUUCUCUGUAGCUGAUACAAAUUCAUAAUUUUUAUUUGUUAUUUAUUAGGUUUCAUUUUCAUCUGUUUUUAUGCUAUAGAACCUUACUUGCGCGCACUAUUCAUAUAUUUCUGUUUGGGAAAUAUGUCAUAAAGCAAAAAAUUUGGUUUUGGUGGCCUGUGCCUUAUUGCACUUACUACACGGAUGUUCUUGUAAAUACUGUUACAUAAUAAAGAUUAUAAGUACUUCAUCUAUGAA